GGUUAGAGUAGGUUGUACGUGCCUUGUAAUAACUUGCCGGUCCUUUAUUAAGUUGGAACUUGCCGUCUGCAUUCCGUUGUGAUGAUUUUUUUGUCAUUCUUGGUGGUUACUUUCCUUCAAGUUACAUCAAAAAAUAUUCCGACAGAGGAAAAGUUGUCCGAUUACAAAUUAAAUGAUUCGGCAGUAGAAAGAUUCAGGUCUGGAUUGAUGUUACGAACAGUUUGUUGGGAAGCUGGAAAGUACAACGAAACUGCCCUAUCUCUCAUUGGAUCCUUCAUUGAAAAUAACUAUCCAGUUCUGCAUAAUUCACCUCUAACAGUCUGGGAACGUGUAAACAAUUACAGUCUUCUCUAUAAAGUAAAUGGACAAGACCCAAAAUUGAAGCCAUACUUACUGACAGCUCACUUGGAUGUUGUGCCGACAGAUGAUCAGGUCUGGGACCAACCACCAUUCGAUGCCAACAUUGUUGAGAAUAUGAUUUAUGCUAGAGGAGCUAUUGAUACCAAAAGCAGCCUUUUUGGAAUUUUGGAAGCAAUGGAAUUACAUCUGAAAAAUGGGAUGAAACCUAAAAGAACAAUAUAUUUGGCAUUUGGACAUGAUGAAGAGUGUGGCGGUCAGUAUGGAGCAGUGGAAAUAGUGAAGUUGCUGGAAAAAAGAAAUGUCAGACUGGCUUUUAUUCACGAUGAAGGGACAACAGUUACAAAAGCACCAUUCUUCAGUAUGGACAGUCUUGUUGCUUGCAUAGGAAUAUCAGAGAAAGGUCGUGCCACAGUUGAACUGUCUGUCAGCUUGCCUGGGGGACAUGCCUCCAUGCCCCACAAGCAGUCAAGCAUUGGCGUCCUAUCAAAUGCCAUCUCAAAGUUAGAGUCCCACCCAUUACCUUCCAGAUUGUCAUAUGGUGGAACUGAUGUUGUCAUGUUUGAUAAGAUGGCUGAUUAUAUUGGAUUCCCGUACAGCUUAAUUUUGAAGAAUGUGCGGUUUCUGUCACCACUUCUGAACGGCGUCUUCAGUGGCAACCAGCUGAUGAACGCCUUGAUGAGGACUACAACCGCCAUCACCAUGUUCCACGCCGGCACAAAGAACAAUGUCAUUGCCACUGAGGCCAGGGCAGUUGUGGAUCAUCGCAUUCACAUGACUGAAACUUUAGAGGAAGUUUUGGAGCAUGAUAAAAAUGUCAUAAACGACGAAAGAGUGAAAAUGAAAAUAUUGGAAUACUCCAAACCCACUCCUCAGUCAUGUUAUGAAUCUUCAUCAUCAACAUUCUGUCCUGGAUUUGAACUCAUUGAAAGGACAUUACAGAAGAUAUGGAAGGGAAAUUUAAUGAUUUUACCAAUUUCUCUCUUCCCUCUAACCGAUUCUCGUCAUUACGUCAACAUAUCCGACAACAUAUACCGGUUUAUACCGACUAUAGUUUUCGUCAACGAGUCGUCAAUGGUACACGGACCGAACGAACGUAUCAGCAUUCAAGCGUAUGAGACCAUAAUCAACUACUUCUACCACUUCAUCGCAAACGCAGAUCACUACAAUCGAUUCGGUGACGAGGACGACAUUACAGCUGACGUCACUGGAAAGACUGCAAGCGGAUCAUCUCAUCAGUUUGACCUGUGAUUGUGUGACUUUCUAUUUCUACUUUGUGUGAACAACUGAACAUUUUUACGUUCGCUGUUUGUUCUUUCUGGUUUGUUUCAGGUUUUGUUUGUGUACGCCUUUUUUAAAUCAGCAUAAAUAAUAGUGAACAUGGGGAAAGAUUGUUACUUGUUAUUUCUGCAAACCCACAAAAUCUUUAUCCAGCUACGUUUGAAGUCAUUUGUUAUUUAAAGUCUGUCCGACCCAUAACGGAUGGAGACUAUAAACGAGGAUUGAUUAAUUGUUAUUUAAAGUCUAAUUAUAGACAUCUAUCAUCAACAGCAAAAAACUUUUGGCUGGCUUGUUAUAACAAAAUACAAUCUAUUUCAAAAUUCUUUUUAUAUUUUAUUAAUUUUUUAGUUGAUUUAUUAGUAUUUUGGGUCGAUAAAUUUUGACGAGGAAAUAAACAAUUGACUAGAGUUAUCA